AUGGCCUUGUCGCAGUCGAAAGAGAGUGGGCUGAAGAAAAACACUGGCCAAAGUCACUUCCUCAUCCCAACGAUGAUUCAAAACAACUCUACCUCCUUGAGUCCUACCAUCUGCUCCACUGUGUUGUGCGUAAUUAUCCGAAAAACGUUCUGGGAGACAGUAAACCGACAGGAAUACACUUUUAAUCCUCCACAUUCCGGGCACUUUUUUGAUUAUCUGAGACAGUCCAUCCAAUGCAAUGCCGACAAUACGCCGCUGUAUAGCUUUGGAGACUACACUGCUGGGGAUGGACAAAUUCGCAAGUGUAAAUAUUGGAACGCGCUGCGCCAGUGGGCAACAAAGCAUACUGCGUGUUACAAAGAUUCCGUUGAGGAUAUUCCUCUUAAGGGCCAUUUCGGCUUCUGUGAUGACGGCAAGGACAAUCUAAUCGACUUAGAGGAAGUUCAAUGA